CGUGACUUCGACUGUUCAGCGACGCCUUUUUGUGAGCCCAAUGUGAGCAGAUCAACGUCUGAUAUACAGUCGUCUUGGACACCACCACUUUUAUUGAUUGUAUCAUUCAACUCCGAAGGUGCCUUUUGCAGAGAGAAUUAAGUCAAAGAGGGUUAAAUACCUUGCUCCUGACUCGCAACAGAAACUUUCAGAAUGAUGCCUGUCACACGCUCUGCCAACUCAAAUUCACUAUCGACGCCAUCCAAAGCCAAAACUCGCUCUAGUGUUGGAAUGACAACAGACAUUUCAACUACAGGCACGUCUCCGCGCCGUACUCCCCACUGCAAAACAUGCCACCGACCCAGGCAGGGGCAUCCCCGCUCCGGCUGUCCUUAUAUUGAAUCCGCGAUAUCAGGUCAGACUAAUGGUGCCACAGAAGAUAUUGUGGACGAAUUGUCAUCCUUGCGCAUCGUGAAUCCCAAUGACGAGCGUUCUUCCCUUUCCACUGAAACACCCACCCAAUCCAAGAACCUGAAACGUCGACUCUCUGUCCGUUUUGCCCUUCUUCCAGCUGGAAGUCUCGUGUCACUCUCCACUACAUCUUCGGAAAUUGUAGAGAGACUUCUCCAACCAGGAAUGAUGAGCAAUGAGUCCGAUGAUGAUGACGACGAUGGUGAUGGUGAUGGCGAUGGUCAGAGAGCAAUAAUGCAAUGGAGACGGACUUUAACUAGUCCUGAAUUACCUCUGGAAGAAACUCCAGACCUCAGCUCCGGGGCAGCAAAUAAGCCAUGUGCAACUGGUCAUGCUAGUUCGGGUACCGGUCUGUCACGUCGUAUGCCGUGCACGCUGGAGACCCCGACUGUGAGCCUAGUGUCCACAGAACCGCUUUCUAGCCACCCCACAAGUGACUUCAUCGAUAUGAACGAAACUGUCUUCCUUGAUGCAGAUUGCGAAAGGAAACCAAAUCCUCUGGCGCGAACGAUGAGCGCAGAUGAGAGAUCAUUAUUCCUCGAUAAUCUCACGCAAUCAUCAGGGAUUGCACCUGCCAUGUUAUUCUCCGUCCCAUUGAUCGAUCUCAAGUCCGUGCAGCACGACGCAGAGAAACUAGGUUUCAACGUCCGAGUGUUGCCGAACGAAAGCUCACGAGAGCACCGAUGGGUUAUUUUGGCAAAGGAAGGGGAUGCAGCGGAAUUCCUUCAACAACGUCUAACCGAGGAAGAAGAGAAAGGGCGGAAAACAAAAGGGAAUUUUGGUGUUGCCGCUGGCGGAGCACUAGUGGGCGCUGUAGCAACAUUCACAGGACUAGCGUUCUCUUGACUUUCCUUGUCCAAUACACCACAUUUAAGUCACUCAAUAAAGUACUUUUACGCAAAUCUGCAUAUUAACAGUAUGUUUUGUUAGUUUGGGCUUGUCGGUACUUUGUCCCUUACUGCAUAGGGUUAGCCACAUUACAAACAAACACAGCAC